GUUUGUUAAAGUGAUGUUCAAAAGGAAGAAACUAAACUGUGGUCUUAAAAUAGGCUUGUGUAUUUAUGUGAUUUUAAUUUUGACAGUACAAACAGACUGUAAAAAUAUCAAGGUUGAAGACCCUACAACUCACAAGUCACGAGAUACCGACGAAGUAUUUAUAGUGCAUCCAGGGAAAUACAGCCCGGUACCAUUCCAGUACGAAAGAGAACAGUGGAUGAACGCGGAGUAUGUCGAUGUCUGCUACGAUGAUUAUACUAAAUGUAUGACGAGUCAAAUAUCUCCAACACCAGUUUGCGUGUUCCACAAGCAAUCGUUAGUACCGGGUCAAACUGAGUAUAAAUAUCAAACGUCCUAUUGUGACAGUUAUAUGGAAAAUUGUAGAAUUGGUUAUCGAUACUGGCGUCUCCUUGGUUUUGGGAAGUGCGAUUUGACUAGUACCUGGGUCUAUGGAGAAAAUGAAAUCAUAGAAAUUUAGGCUAAGCAUAAUUAUGAAAAAUGAACAGAAUAAACAAAAAAAAAAUACAUUUAUGUUUUCUACUGAAAGCAUGACAAAUUGGUCUACAAUUUGUAACAUAAUAAUCAUAAAAAUAAUAACAUAAAAAUAAAAGAAAAAACAUAAAAACCGUGGGGCAGGUCAUUGUCUACAAAUGAUCGACUUAAUGUGCAAGAGAAGAAUCGUUUAAUUCGUCGUUAGGCAGUUGGCCCGCAGACGGUGAGGAAAUUACUUACUAUUUUAAUUGACAUGCCCCUCGGUUUUAUUUUAGUCUAGUCUAUGCAUAUGUUUAUAAUUCCCAUGACUGUAUCUAUUUUAUAAUUUUUGGGGCCAACUGCAAACUUCGUAUAUCUUAGAUUUCAAUUUUGCAUAGUAAAUUGUAUUCUACUUGUUGAGACCUUUCAUUUGAUACCCAUGUUGAUAGGAUUGAUAAAACCUACAUAAGUUAUCCGCCAUGUUGUAGAGGCCGCCAUCUUGGAUUUUAAUUUUAUAUAGUACAUUGUAUUCUACUGGUUGAGUACUUUCAUUUGAUACCCAUGUUGAUGGGAUUGAUAAAACCUACGUUAUCCGCCAUUUUAUAGCAACCGCCAUCUUGGAUUUAUAAUGAUAAUGAAUAAAAAUAAUUGUAUUGUCACCAAAAUCCACAGUGCAUACAAAAUUUCAGAUUAAUCGGUUGACAUUAAGAGGGUGAAAUUUGAAUUACUAAAUUUGACUCAAGAAUAAAACAAACGGGGUGAGAUAAAUAAAACCGUUUAAGGACGCUUUUACAUUUCUCACUCGCUCAAUUUUAGGUAAACUAGCGGCAACACAACGACAUUGCGCUCACACACACAUACAAUCCAUUGUUGGCCAGAUUUUGUACAUCACUCAACGAAAUUUGAUACUUGCAAGAUUUUUUAUAUUAUAUUAUUUUUUUUCGACUAUAACUAGUUGUAACUUAGUGUUUGUAAAGGGUUUCACGCUUAUUGAUAUGAUGAUUUUUAAAUUUUGUGUGAUGUGUUUGUCAUCGGAUUAUAUGAGUACUGGUAACUAAGUAGGUAUCUAAAGUAAAAUAAGAACCUAAUGAUCUCUGUUGUUAAAAUUAUUAUUAAAAAAACAAAAUACCCGACUGCACACUAAAAAAAGAGUAAAACAAGCCCCACAAUAAUAUUUAAUUUAUAAAUAUUGAUGGAAAGCAUCGCGGGCGGGGACCAACAGAGGCUUAUUUAUAGUCAUUUCGGUUGUGCACCAUUUAGCAGAAUUUUCGUUGGUGGCGGUCAAGGUGGUCCCCGCCUGCGAUGCUUUCCAUCAAUAUUUAUAAAUUAAAUAUUAUUGUGGGGCUUGUUUUACUCUUUUUUUAGUGUGCAGUCGGGUAUUUUGUUUUUUUAAUAAUAAUUCUUUUAUUUAUAACUUU